GUCUGCCAUGACAAAGCGCAAGCGCGAAGACCUCGAGGCGACGGCCGGCGAUGGCCACGACGAGAAGCGGGUCUGCGAGGGCAGCGCCGACGACGCGAGCAGCCAUGGCUACGCGGUCGGCGCCCGGGUCAUGGUCUUCGGCAAGUACGCAGCGAGCAUUCGGUACCUCGCACCGACCGACGGUAUCGCUGGCGUCGAGCUGGACCGCGCGGUCGGCAACUGUGACGGAACGUUCCAGUCGCAGCGACUCUUUUCGUGCAAGCCGCACCGUGGCAUGGUCGUCCGCCUCGAGCAGCUACAGGUGUUUUCGCCACAAGAAGCAGCCGCGUGCACGAUCCAGGCCGUUUGGCGUCGGCGUCGAUGCCUCCGGGCGUUUCAAACACUCGUGCUCACGUCGUCCUGGAACGUUCUCGACAACCACAACGAGCAGCUCAACCUCAAGCGCGCCGAGCUCACGAGAGGCGCGUCCGACACGCUUCUUGCCCUGGCACAGCAGCGGCGCGACGCCCACCCGCCGCUCGCUCGGGCCGUCUCGAGCCUGCCCGCCAGCUACACUGGACCAACGGUACCCUUGCCGCUGACGCUCCCGUCAGUGCUAUCACUGCUCGACGCCUUCAAGCGCAGCGAAACACUCCAUGCCUCGUUUGUCUUGCCGAUUCUGGACCGCGCGAUCGCUCUCUUUGCGUCCGAGUCGACCGUCCAGCACAUUCGACUGCCGUCGACCGAGCACAAGCUCACGAUCGUGGGGGACCUCCACGGACAGCUCCAGGAUCUCUUUUGCAUCUUCCUUGCCAACGGAUUGCCAUCGCAUGCCAACAUGUACCUCUUCAACGGCGACUUUGUCGACCGGGGCGUGUACGGCGCCGAAGUCGUCUUGACGCUCCUGAGCUUCAAGCUCCUGUACCCAAACGCGGUGUUCCUCAACCGCGGCAACCACGAGAGUCGCAACCAGAACGGCUGGAUGGGGUUUGAGGAAGAGAUUUUGCUCAAGUACAAGUCGGACGACGUGAAAGCGCAGGCGACGACCAUCCUCGAGCGCUUCCAGACGUGCUUUGAUGCGCUUCCGCUCGCCGCCGUCGUGCUCGACAAGAUCUUUGUGGUCCACGGCGGGCUCUUUGGCCAGCCGCGCGUGACGAUCGCAGACCUCGACGCGAUCCCGCGCCGGCGCGAGCCACCGCUGCACUCGCAGCACCCUCAAGACAAGCUCUUUGAAGAGCUCAUGUGGAGCGACCCGCGCCAGAUUCGAGGCCGGCAGCCGUCGUUGCGCGGCGCGGGCGUCGAGUUUGGCGACGAUGUCACGGUCGAAUUUUGUGCAACCAACAAGGUGGCGCUGGUCAUCCGGUCGCACGAGUGCGUCCCCGAAGGCUACGCAAUCCAGCAUGGCGGUCGUCUCAUCACGCUCUUCUCGGCGUCGCGCUACUGCGGCACGCAGCUCAACCAAGGCGCGUACUUGACGCUCGGCGCCGAUUGCAAGCCCGAGAUCCAGCAGUUUAUGGCGCCGGCACUCGAGCAGUACGCGAAAAAGGCCGUGCUCUUCGCCGUCGCGUCGUCGUCGUCGUCGCCCGAGCUGGACGACGAGGGAGCGUUGCAGAUCGAGGCGAAGCAGGCGUCGCUUGAAGGCGACCUACUUCGCAUGAUUGCCGAGCGCAUUUGUGACCACAAGGCCGAGCUCUUUUUGUAUUGCACGCAGCACGAAGCUACGGAUGCGCCGGGGCAUGUGUCGCGGCUCGCGUGGGCCGAUGCACUCAAGACCGUCCUGGGACUCGACGUGCCCUUUCUGCUCUACCAGCCCAAGCUCACCGAGACCGAAGUGGACGGACGCAUCAACUACUCGAGGUUCUUGUCGCGCUAUCGCAUUGAGAAUCCGGCGGUCGACGCAUCAGGAUGGCAAGAAAGUAUCAUCUCGACGAUCUGCAAGAAGCUGUACCUCGCCAUGGGCGCCGGCAGCAUCGAACACGCGUUUCGCAUCUUUGACGCCGACGCCAACGGCACCAUCGAGUACGAUGAGUUCAUGGCGACGCUCAAGGGCAUGGACACGGGCUUGUCCGAGCAGCAGAUGUUUGAGCUCAUGCGCACGGCCGACACGAACGACGACGGCCGCUUGGACUUUAAGGAGUUUGUCCAGCGCUUCGAGGUCAUCUUUACCGACGUUCGGUCUCGAAAAGAUGACACGCCAUCGUCGACGCCCGUCUCGGCCCGGCACGGCCAGCUCGUACGUCGAUCGUCGUUCGAGACCGAGUCGGAGACGACUUUCGACGUGGACCCGGACACGAUGGUGGCGCUCGUUCAAAUCGGCAAAGCGUUCUUCCAGCUCGACGGCACGCUCCUCUCGAGCUUUGAGCGGUUCGACACCAACCACGACGGUGUCCUUCAAGCGCACGAGCUCCACCAAGCGCUGCAGCAGCUCGGCCUCGACUUUGCCGAUGAGCUCUUUCACAAGGUGUGGCGCGCGAUCGACACCGACGGCGGCAACACGGUCGACUACAAGGAGUUCCUGGCGGCGUUUCGCGUGCAGGACAACCGCCCGCCCGCGUCGGCGCUCACGUGGCAGCAGUCGAUUCUCCAGCAAGUGUCGAACGUGCUGUACCAGCACCGUAUCCAUUUCCGGUCGGCGUUCCGGUUGUUUGACCAAGACAAGAGCGGGAGCAUCUCGCGCGACGAGUUCCGCGCCGGCAUUUCCACUUUCAAUGCGAUUUUGGACCGGCCGCUGAGCGACGACCAAGUCGACGCGCUCCUCGCGCACCUCGAUGGCGACGGCGACGGCAACAUUAGCUACAACGAGUUUCUCGAAGGCUUUCAAGUCGUAAGCAUCGAAUAG